CGCUUAUGUUCUGUAUCAACUAUUUUGAUGCGGAUGUCUUCGGAGGAACUUUUUAUUUGCUCCUAUGAUAUGUAUACAAUCGUGAUCACUUUCUCACUCAACGCUAUUAUCCUCCUUCUUGUAUCAUCGAUGUUUCGGUUGUCAUUUCUGCUAUCGAUAUUGGGUCUAGCUAUCGGCCCAGGAGUGAUCGUUGGCUCGUCGAUCUACUCAUUAUGUAGUGCCACGGGUAUGGAAACAACCCAAAUCAUACAGAUUCUCACUGCAGCCAUUCUCGGCUCUGAAAUUUUAUGGUUCUUCUACUAUCGCCACAAAAGAAAUUUUCUUUCAGCGCAGACGGUAGGUGAAUUGGGUG